UGCAUGGAAACCAUGAAAGAGAUUGAAAUCCUGAAAAUGUUAUGUCAAAAUUUAUUGUUGUUGAUAAACAUCAACAGUGUCUAGUUGCUGGAGUAAAACACAGUUUUUAUAGUUUUAGAGUUCAAUAAUAUGAAUAUUUAGUUAAUAUUUGUAUGUAGGUAGGUAGCUAAUUUUCAAAAUGAGUACUGGUCCCGCCGUAAAAUUAGUAGCACCAGAACAUCGUUCUUCGGAACAAAAGUCAAUCGAUCAAGAGAGUCCUGAUAAGCAACCACUGGAUACAGUAGAAGAGGUCAAUGAAAAUGUGCCCAGUGAGAUUUUCGAAAAACCAUUCGAGCAAGAAGAUUUUGUCGAAAUACCAGCAAAAAUAUUUGGAUUAAAGGAGAUUUUGGAGCCGUUAACAAUACCGGGGCUAAAUAAUGCAAUUUAUGAAUUGGGCGUGGUUAACAUGUGUUGGCCGGAGAUCACGGAGCCUGUAUUUGAAACACGAACAUGUUUCCCGCCAAGUUACUACACGAACAGCCCGAAAGAACGUUUGCUUUUGGCAUAUGCAGAGAACUUUCGGCGCCAAUAUAAUUUUCAUUUUAAACUGCGCAAACCGAUUUUGUUACAAGUCCCAAAUGAAUGUGGCUUACAGAAAAUGGUGUGUACUUCUAUAAGGCCGACGAAACUUAACUUUGAUGAAACGCACACUUGGGAAGGAGUUGCGUCGUUAGUUUCAGAUUACUUCGACUACGAGCCCUUAACCAAGCCGACUUUGCACCCGGAACGCCUUAUCUCCCCAUACACGGCAAUUAUCCGGCGUAGCGCGAACCCUUUCGAGCUAGCUCAUGUGCUUGUCUCAUGGCUCAUUGGCGCUGGAUAUGAUGCAUACGUGGUGGUGGGCUGUGCCACCAGAGACGUCUGCAUGGCCAUCAGAUACCGCACCAUAUGUCCUGAGAUACCUGAUGAGAAUGAGGUCAUCGAGGAACCUCCGCCGCCAGAAGAAGAGCCGCGCUACAAGCUGGUGCCUCUCCCAGACCUAACGUCGAAAUAUUGUAAGGACAUGGAUAUCAAAGAAGCCAAUAAGAUACAAAGUCAAAAGGAUAAGAUAGAAAAUGAGAGGCAAAGGAAAAUAGCUGAAUUAGAGAAACCACCACCAGACGAGAUGGAUGGCUGGCGUACUCACGCCUGGGUGCUGGUGCUGCCUCACUUCAUGGGGGUCGAGGAGCCUUUCUUCAUUGAGCCCAGUGAGGGUAACGGGUACCCGCUGGACGCCAAACAGUACCAACACAUCGAGAGCGUUUAUAACCAUGAGAAUUAUUAUGUAAAUAUCCAGAAAGAACCGGAAGAGAGUCUUGCAGAACUAAACUAUGACCUGGCAGAUCUAUCCUGUUGGGAACAUCUCCUGGCUGGAGAACCCUUCUUCAGGCGUCAGCUCGUUGGUAUCGACACUACUGACAAGAGAACUGCGGUGGACACUGAGAAGCACCUGGAUAUGCCGUUCAGCUGGGUUGAAAAACUGGAUAUCACUGGAGAUGAAUACGAACAGCGUUACCCAGGGAGCCACAAAGUCAUCCACUACAAGAAGGUGUUGCUCGAGAAAUUCUCGCCAUAUUCCCAAAAAGACGGGAUCGUCAAACGGGUCAAGAUAUUUGAAGACUAUGCUCUCACUAUUCCUCUGAUUACAUACGAAUGGUACAAGCAGAGAGAGGACAAAAUGGAGUUUGUGAGGUUGGAUCAUGUGACGAUGCAGGUUAAGGAAACAUUCCUCAUCGGCAGGAGAGAUCAUCUUCUGAAGCAUUCAUACGCCAUGGACGCUCCACCUUGUUCAGUGGAGGGCAACCGCGUGAUGGAGUUCAACUACUACCCUCGACUGGACCACCUCUUGAAGCUGGUGUGCACUCCUCUAACGUUUGAAGAACAUUACAAAGAUCGAGAUGACAGAUUGGAAUCCCGAAUAAUAGUCUACACAGAAGGAACAAAACUCGAGCCAAAACGUCAAGUGAAGGACAUCACAGAGACUUACAGUCGAAACUAUGACAAACCAGCCAAUAAGGACAUUUGGAAGAAGAUCUUCCACAUUCAGGACAAUACUAUAGAGCUCUUGUACCAAUACGCGUACAAUUUUGUCACGAACGACACCAGAAGUUUCAUCAAACCGAACUUAGCAGAAACUGGUGGGAAAAUCCUGUUCUAUCCGGAUAAAACUUCUGGUUACAUUGCGGAUCCGAAUGCCGAUCCACCUCGCCCUCUAGACGUGUACUACGCCCUCUGUGAGAACAUAGACUGGGAAUAUCAAACCACGAAGCACAUUAGAGAUCGGGAGACAGAUGUGAACAGCUACCUGCGACAAAGACACCGUGAACUGAAGGAACCAAUAUUGUACGUCGCUCUCUUUGAUACCGAGAGGAAUGAGGCUGCGAAGAAAGGCUGGACUGAGAGGGAAAUCCAAAAAGCUGAAGUGACAGAGAGAGAGAAGGAAGCUGAGAUCGAUCCUCUCGCUCCAUACCUCGCUCGUAUGUUCGGUUCGGGACAUGGCACAGGCUCUCAAAUGUCCGUGAAGGAAGCUACGCUGAUCAGAGAACAGUGCAUCAACGACUUCAAAGCCAAACAGCUAAUCAGACAGAAUUUGGUGCAAGAGAGAUUUGAUAAGUUCAAUGCUGAAUACAAAACGAAGAGGCUCUGGUAUUUGGCCAACCAGUUCAUCCUCACGCCAGAAAAGGAGAGCGCUUACUUCACUGCGAGUGCGGAACUAUCGUUCAAAGUACAUGCAUUGGAGGUGAGGCUGACGCGCCACCGAGACUUAUCCGGCCCUAGAUUCAGGGCCCUGCUGGACUACCUGGACAAACACCCGCUACUCCAGGAGUACAACAGAGCGACAUACCUUCACCACCGAAAUGAAAGGGACAGAAAAGGAUAUUGAAUAACUACUAGCACACCUGGCGAACUCCGUUUCGCCACCAAUGAUUUUCCCAUUUUCCUGCUUUUCUCUUGAAGUUUUCCCGAAUUUUCUUUGCCUAAUAAACCUAACGGAGUCUGAGAUAUUUCCAACGAAUGCAAAACUGUGGAAAUCAGUUCGAGCGUUCUGGAGUUUUAGCGUCAGGAAGGAAAACCCGACUUAUUUUUAUAUAAUAGUAAUAGUUGGCAUAACUUGGCCCUUAAUUAAUUAAGGUGUACACAUAAAACUAUACAAAACCAGUAUAAAUUGAACCGUCGAAUAUUCGAAAAGAUUAUAUUAAGUGAGACCAUGUAAACUGGUAAUGUAUAGCCGCGUGUGUACAUCUUACUCACGUAGCUGAAAAGUCGUUAUGUGUACGACGCUUAACGAGUGCGUCACCAUGCGUGUUGCUCGUGAUCAUGGGCCCUUAGUGUGGCUUGAAAUUAGUCGAGUAAUCUCGUUGUACAGUUGUCGGAGUAACUAGACCGUACAGCCUUAGUACAGAGUGCAUUAUACA